AUGCCAAACCCAACACCAGAUAUUUUUCUUUCUCCACCAGAGAUUCCACAAGAACCACCAACUUUCUACAUGCCAAACCCAACCCCAGAUAUUUUUCUUUCUCCACCAGAGAUUCCACAAGAACCACCGAUUUUUGCCACGCCAAACCCAACACCAGAUAUUUUUCUUUCUCCACCAGAGAUUCCACAAGAACCACCAACUAUCGCCACGCCAAAUCCAACACCUGAUAUUUUUCUUUCUCCUCCUGAGAUUCCACAGGAACCACCAAUUUUCGCCAUGCCAAAUCCAACACCAGAUAUUUUUCUUUCUCCUCCUGAGAUUCCACAAGAACCACCAAUUUUUGCCAUGCCAGCACCUGAUGCUUUUAUCGCGUCACCGGUGGUUCCUGAGUUUCCAGGUAUCCCACAAGACCCUGUUCCUAAUCCUGAUCCUGUGCCGUGGGAAGACCAGCCGUCGCCAUCAGAAGUGUUUCCGCCAUCGGUUGAUUCACCUCCAUGA